AUGGCCGAUAAAAAAGCCAAGAAGAAGGCUCAACGUGCCACCAGCAAUGUCUUUUCUAUGUUCGAUCAAAAACAAGUACAAGAAUUUAAAGAGGCAUUCGGUCUUAUGGAUCAAGAUCGUGACGGUACAAUCAGUUUGGAUGACCUCAAAGAAGUUUUUGCUUCACUUGGUAAAGCACCAAAAGAUUCUGAAUUAAAAGCUAUGCUUGAAGAAGCUCAAGGUCCAAUUAAUUUUACCAUGUUAUUAACAUUAUUUGGUGAUCGAUUAAAUGGUACCGAUGAAGAAAAUGUUAUCUUAAACGCAUGGAAAAAUUUCGAUCCUGAGGCAACUGGAUUUAUUAACACAAAAAGUUUACGUGAAGUUCUUACAGCCGAAGGACGUCCGGAUGAUCGAUUAUCUGAUAUGGAGUUCAAUCAAAUGCUCGAAGGUGCUCCAGUUGAUCCAAAAGGCAACUUAGAUUACGCUGCGUUUACACGACAGAUCAAACGUGGCAAAGAAGACGAAUAA